AUGGAUGUCGGAGUUAUUUGCAGAAUAAUAAAAGGACGGAAGAACAGAAAGAAUUCAAAAGUGACACAGAACAAAUCAUUACUACCAACGUUUGACACGGUUUCUAUUCUUAAUACUGAACGCCAUGUAAGGAAAGCCAAGACUGAUGCAGCCGCAGCUUAUGAUAGUGUUGAUAUCACUGUAAGUGAUGAAGAAGCUCUUGAACCUGAAUGGGUUCCUAAUAUGAAUGUGUUUAAUCAUUCAUUACCUACUGUAGUAUGGAAAGGUACACCAUUGCUAAUUAAACAUUUACCUUAUUAUGAACUAUUACAUCCUGGUGAAGUCUAUAUCGCAUCUACUUUACGCAUCACACCAGAACAAUAUUUAAAAUGUAGAAGGUCACUUAUCUUGGCAGCUAAAGAAUUUAAUAAAAGGCAUCUUCAAUUUAGAAAGUCAGAUGCGCAAAAAUGUGCACGAAUUGAUGUUAAUAAGAUUAGUAUGCUUUGGAGCGUGUUUAAUAAAUUAGGUUGGUUCAACCCUCAUUAA